AUGGAGGAUGCAGUUCGCCCGAGCGUGGAAGCCUUCAAGGCGAUGCACGACAGGGGAUACCAGACUUGGGCCGCACUCUGGCGGAUAGCCGCCGCACACAAUCACCUACAAUUUCAACUUUCCAACCUUUGUUCAGCGUUUCCCAACCAUCCCUAUUUCCCAGAAAGGCUCACAGUCGACACAUCCUUCUCAAACACGGCUACCGAUGAGAUGAUCCUCCAUGUAGCUUCAAACUGCCCAACGACGAUCGUCUUCAGUUCUGCUCCACAUUCUACAACGAGCUUUCUGAACCACAUCUCAAGAGAAAUCACCCACGUUCCCAUCUUAAUGCUCGCCUGGGCAUACAUACUGUCGGCACGAUGGGCAGAGUUGAUUCCUGGCGCGGACAUAUCCGACUACAACGGCCACCAGAUGCAGCUAAACUCUGGCAAUGGGCCGCAUGGACUGGAAGAUGAUGAUAAUUCUGUUGUGGUAGAUAUAGGUGACGUGGAUGAUGCCGCUGCGAGGUGGUGGACAGCUGUUCUUGCGGCAGACGGCGGCUGGGACGCAUCAAUCCGCAGUGACACUGGUGUCCUUCUCUGCUCGCCAUGGUCCAUCAGGACCCAGCCAGGGCCAAAUUUCACGAUAUCUGCAAACAUUAAGCCUUGCUCAGCAGUGGAAAAUUCGUGUCCUGCGUCUUUCAGCACCGCUGUCCGCUAUCUAUCAGAGUAUUGCCAUCUUCACGACCUUGCCGAGCAAAGCCAAGCAGCCCUCGCAGCGGCGUUGCUCAUUCCAGUGGCAAAAUUUGACACCAGAAGAAUCAAGUUGCCCGUUCCUCGACUACCACGCAAGGCAACGCGCAGUCAAGAAAAGCCCCAAGUGCUUCCGUCCUGGGACAUGGAACCUCGGCAGCUGGAUCGGCUUCUCACACUGAGUUGCAACGCGAGGGGAGUGAAAGCUCUCUUGAACAGCAUCUUCUUCGAACCUGAUGUGGCCUGCAAUAGCUGCGGAGCUUGGCUGCAGGGCUCAUUUGCUUUCCUCGACUCCGACAAGGCCGGGGACCCACGUGUCCUCUUGAGCACGUUUAUUGAAAGGGAUCCAGGGCUCGGGUUCCUGUGGCUAGGUGCCUUUAUCACGGGCGCCGAGGAGCGCUGCCUUCAAGAAGCUCGUAUGGGCUGGUGGAAGGUCGACAUUAGCGCUGCUGCCUGGACUGGUACGCAUGCGUCCUUCAUGCAAGAGCCCACCACGAAACCUCCUCCCGACGCCCAAGAGAUCUCACGAGCUGACGAGUGCCGCCUGAUGUACCUGUCCCAUGAACCAGAUCACGCAGUCCCACCGCUCUUUCCAUUUGCUCCGUUCGGCUGCACCGCCAUGGAAGACACAGACCUUGACGGUGGCAAGAAGGUUGAACAGGGAAGAAAUGGGAAGCUGGCGAUUGCCAUCCGUGCAAAGGCUGGGAGACCUUCUGUUGCCGGUAACAACAGCUUUGCCGUCGUUUAUGAUAGCCUUGAUCCCGAGGACGAAGUGUCAGAGAUGGUGACCAGGAACGUUUUUACCUGGCUCCGAGGUGAAGACGGAUUUCCCGUGGCGGAGAGAUCGAUCCGUGAGCACGAGUGGAUCGAAAAUCUAGAAUCGGACGACGACAGCCCAAUUGAUGGGGAUGUUCGGUCCACGGCUGGAAGGAAUCUUGGUGGGUGGUUAUUGGGGGUGUCAACUAGAAGGUCAAAUUCACUUUGA